AUGAGGACUGCCGUUGUCCUUUUCGGAUUAUUGCUUGCCAUACUUGCUGUUCACGGCCGGGUCAUCAGAGAAGACGAAGAAGAUGAAAGUGGUGAUCUAGUGGCCGCAGCCUCGCAUCAUCACGAAGAAGGUGGUGGUAAACAACAUCAUGCUCAUCAUCAUGCCGAACAUGGUGGAAAAGGUACAAAAGGAUACAAAAGCUCUCACCACCAUGACCUAGCAAAGCACGGAAAGCACAGCAAGAAACAUGAAGCUGGUCACUACGGAGAAAAAGGUGGUCACAAGAAAGGCCAUCAUCACAAGGAAGAUCACUACGGGGCCCAUCAUGAGAAAGGUGGAGAACACAAAGGUGGUAAAUUUCAUAAGAAGAAAGGACACAAGAAAGGACAAAAAACUACCGGCUUCCACCACAAGUCCCAUAAAGACCAUUACCACAAGCAACAUAAGUUCUACGAUAACUACCAUAAACACGGUAAACACCAGAAAUAUGGAAAUUAUCAUGCACACCAUGGAAGUAAAGAAGGUGGACACAAGAAGGGCGGUAGCCAUAAAAGUGGACAUCAUGAAGCUCAUCACGGAAAGCAUGGACACCACAAGAAAGGACAUUACGACGAACAUCACAAAGGUCACAAGGCUCACCGUGGACACGAACAGCAUCACAAACAUCAUUCAGAUUAUGGAAAGAAGGGCGGACACCACGAAGGAAAAGAGUACGGUUUCUCACAUGGUCACAACUGA